CCAAAAGCUGGGUGUCUUUAACAACUGUUCAGUGGAGCAGCUGCAAUACCGACAGCCACCUUGAGCCACUACUCGUGCAUUGAAUUCAAUGAGCACUUUAAUAUAAUAAACAGGGGAGAACGAUACCGUAGCUAAUACCUUGUUUCAAUCGCAAAUUUGGAUCCACAUUCUUUUGCAAGGGACUGAACUGUUAAUCACUGAAAACACGGCGACGUUUUAAAAAGUACAGCAUUGGACACAAGUGAAAGCAAACACAGGCGAACAAAAGAGUAACGCGUUUGUGGUAAUCACCGUUCUGUGGUCAGAUGGUACCUCCCCCUGGAUGAUUCAGUUAUAUUUCUACGUUUUGCUGCUGGUUGCUGAGUGGAAGAGAUUUAUGCAAAAACUAAACACAAAAAACCAAACCCGAGUUCGUAUGUUUCACCUCCCGGGACCUGUGAUCUGUAAGGCAGGAUCAGGAUGAGGAAGCCGAAAAUCUGCAGGCUGGUUUUGGCUACAUGUUUUGGGUCUUUUGUCCUUGUGAUUUUUUACUUCCAAAGUAACUCAAACCCAGCUGCAGAACAAGGGAAUUUUUGGAACGGCUGGCAAGGGAAAGCUGGGAGAAGUCCACUCCAGACCCUCUAUGACGGUGACCAGUUUGAGCUAUCGGCCGCCCAGGUGACCCACCAGGGCCGGCGAGACCUGCUGGACAGGACCUGCCAGGCUUACACCAGGAAAAGGCGAGUGCUGACCCCCGACGACCUCAAACACCUCAUCGUGGACGACCGCCAUGGGCUGCUGUAUUGCUACGUUCCCAAGGUGGCCUGCACCAACUGGAAGCGCGUCCUGAUGGUGCUGACAGGUGAUGGCAAGUACCGGGACCCCCUGAAAAUCCCCGCCAACGAGGCCCACGUCCCCUCGAACCUGCGCACGCUUUCAGAGUACAGCACCUCCGAGAUCAACCACAGGCUGAGGAACUACCUCAAAUUCGUGUUCGUCCGAGAGCCUUUUGAGCGGCUGGUUUCGGCCUACCGCAACAAGUUCACCCGGAAGUACAACACAGCCUUCCACAAGCGUUACGGGACCAAGAUUGUCAAGCGACACCGGCCGGACCCCAGCGACGAGGCUCUGGAGCACGGGGACGACGUGUCUUUUGAGGAGUUUGUGUACUACCUGGUGGAUCCCCACACCCAGCGUGAGGAGCCCUUCAAUGAGCACUGGGAGCAUGUACACUCGCUCUGCCACCCCUGCAUCAUCCACUAUGACGUGUUGGGCAAGUACGAGACUCUGGACGAGGACGCCCGCUACAUCCUGCAGCUGGCAGGGGUCAGCGAUAGAGUCCAGUUCCCUUCCUCCUCCAAGAGCACUAGAACUACGGACGACAUGACUGCACAGUUCUUCCACAAAAUCAGCCCCUUCUACCAGAAAAAACUCUAUAAUUUGUACAAAAUGGACUUCUUGUUGUUUAACUACUCCUUACCAACCUACUUGAACUUUCGAUGAGAAGCAUUGUCUUUUUUUAAUGUUUUAUUUUACCUAUUGAACGAUAGGUAUUUGUGGUGGUGGUGUUGAUGGCUGUGUAUGCUGAUGUUGAGGACUUGACAUGUCUUCCUCAGAAACUGGAAGUUUAAAAUAACUUGCAGGAUGUUAAGCCUCUAAAUAUACAUAAUAUUUGUGCAAUACAUCACAAACCUAUUCAUAUAGCAGUUCUGUUAAGCAAGUAAACGCACACAAAAUAGCCCAUGUAUAGUAUGCAUGUUUGAGGAGCAAUUAACCCAAAAACAGACAUUAGCAGAGUAAAGAUGAAGUAUUCCUAUUGUGUGCUAUCCCAGCACAUGUAGAACUUCAACAAAGGCUAUGCUUUUUUUUUCUUUAGGAUCUAUGUAUAACAUUGCACACAGAAUGCAAUACUGGAGGUUUAUGUAGCUCUGCUUUGCGAGUUUGCUGAUGGCCCCUAAUGUACAUAUUUAUUCAAGGCCUAUUUCCAUUCCAACAGGUUUAAUUUAUUACUAGAUAUAUACUCUAAAUUGCUCAUGAGCUUGAGUUGCAAAGACUUAUAAACUUUAGAUGCACUAUGUACAAUAGUGUAGCCAGCUGUGCUUCUGCGAGGGAGAAAGUAGAAGCAGUAGUUGGUUAUGAUGCAGAGACUGUUCAAGGCAUUUGUUUUCCUGCACCAAAUAUGGACUUUUUUUGGGAACCUUCAAACAGGUCAAAAUUCAAUUAGGUGCAUUACGGGAUGCUUCAUCAGCAGUUUAGUGAGGGUGAAUUUACAUACUGAGUAGCUUACCUACUUCAGAGGAGGUAAUAGAAUGAUUUUAGUGUUUCCAAGGAGACCAGCUUUUCUGUUUUAAUGUCUCUGUUAUACUGUGGCAAGUACAGUACUAGAUUUCUUUUUUUUUUUCUUUUACGUACCUUAAUGCUGGCAGGAUUUUUUUUUUUUUUAGCCCUUGCAGGAAUGUGGAACUAUACAUCAGCAGCAGACCUAGUCCUUAAAUAAUUGCCAGGAAGAUGUUGUAUUUUACUGUACAGUAUAUAUGUGCAAGUUAUGAAACAAAUGGAAAAGAUUACAACCUUCAAGACCCAUCUUGUUCCUAACGUUUCAUUUCUUAUAUUGAAUAACCUAUUGUGUGGUCCUGUGUGCUUCUCUCGUUGUUUCUGCUUAGACCAUUAUUUGACAUGCAUAGUAAAUAUUCCAGCUUCUGUAGGAGGAAGAAUAUUGGUGUUGCACACCAGGAGGAUGAAUAUUUGUGUUGCACACUAUUAUCCUUCCCCACCUCGCGUUGCCUUUUUAGAAGAUUUGUUUGCUGGAAUAGUUAGUAAGCAUGACAAUCUAACCCGAAACAGCUGCAGAGAAUCGGACUGAAUAAACCAGUAGGAGAUCAAACUAGUAAAAUGACAAUCUAGGAAAAUGUACCGUAGAUUAUGGUAGUGUCCUUUUUUCAUUUUUUUUUUAUCAGAUUUCAGUUGAGCUUGGUAUUGUUCAUAAACACGCUUACAUUGCUGUAUCUGGAUAGAGUGCUGUUUUCCAGACUGUUAGUGCAGAGUCAGUCAAUUUGAAAUGAGGAUUUUCGUGUGAUUACUUGUUUAAAGAUACAAGGUGUCUUUUGUGUAGAUUACUUCUUAAACUUUUUUUUCUGUUUUUUUUUUUUAGUAUUCAAAAGUCAAAGUGCACAGACAGCUAGUUUCAUUGUUGCUUUUUACUCAAUACGGUUGGUUCUAAAGAAUUGUGAAGAUUGUUUGUUACUGAAGAUUUAGCCCAUAGAUAUCUGUCUUCAAGAGGUUCCAGAUACAGUGACUCUCACUCGUCAAGUCAGUCUGGCCUUGGUGGUGAAUGAUGGAUCGGUGUGCAAUGGCCUUUAUACAUUUCAAUUAAUGAUAAAGUGUUCACUUUGGGGAAAAGAUGUGUGUGAUACAUUGUAGAUCCGGGACAUACAGAGAAAUACUUGUUCUAGACUUGAGUAAGCCAGAAAAUGUGCUUGGGCAGUUUCUGUUUUCGGCUGUUGAUUUGCAAUCAAAUUAUAGAGGGGCUUCUCACUCGGUCCUGUAGCUGCUGGUUUUCAUUCCAACCGAGCUCUCAUUUACUUAACUAGACCCUUAAUUGAACUGUUCAUUUGCUUAAUUAUACCCUUUUACUUGUUUUCAGCUCUUAAACAGUUGAAGUGCAACUGUUUAAGAGCAGAAAACAAGUAAAAAGGUCUAAUUAAGCAAAUGAUCAGUUUAUUUAAGGGUCUAGUUAAGUGAUUGAGAGCUUGGCUAGAAUGAAAAGCAGCAGCUACAGGGGGUCCCCAGGACCAAGUUUGAGAAGCCCUGAAUUACAGGGUGAUUCAUACAUUGAAAAAUAAGAAAUUUAACACAUUGUAUAACAUAUUCACUUUUAUUCAGCUAGUUCCAACAUCAUCACAUACUGUAGUGUUAAACCCUUUCCUUUGGAAUGCCGUGCCAUGUUACAGAUAGGGUUAUAUUUAUUGAACAAGAAUGCUGUGAAUUUAAAACGUUUCAGAAUGGGUGGUUUAAACAGCUGAAAAUUUAAAAUACUUAUAUUUUAUGUAUUAAGACGAGUGUAAAAAAAAAAAAAAAAAAAUGAAAAAGACAAUUUGACCUGUUUACAAACUGAGUCAA